UACGAUGUAACAAUAAAUAUAUCCAUCUCCGCUGAUAAAAAGAAGAAAAAACAUCCAGCUUCUAGCCUAGACUCUAUAGAGAGAGAAGUAAAAAGCCGAAUCCCUUGCGAGAUUUCUGUACGCGAGGAGCAGUUGCUUUGCCUCUGCUUUGUUCUUCCUCCGUACUGUACCUCCUCUUCUCCAUCGAGGAGAGAAGGCUGCUUCAAGGUUCUACAGCUUGCAGGCACUUUCCUCACCCCCAAUCGCUCCCGAAAUUUCCCCUUCUCCGAGGUACCAAACCCUUGAGGGCGGCGGCGGCGCUGUCGAUCGAGCCAAGAAUCCCAAGAUUUCAUUUUUGACGAGCUAGACGUGCUCCUGGACGCGUUUCUUGGGAACCAUAUUUUGUUCCGGAUCCGUGGAGGUCGACGAUAACCUGGGUUCCUCUUUCACCGCCUAAAAUUGUCUUGGCAAGGGUUUCUUGACUCUUCAGGGGUCGUUUUAGGCUUGUCAAUCUGGGCCCGGACCCUGGGCCACGGCUGUGUUAGGGCUCUGCUGCUUGAAUGGGGUCGGCGGGGGAAGUUGUGGAGAUCAGCUCCGACGAGGAGGACGUUCCCAUGGCCAGGAAGCCGCUUGACGACUGGCUUGGGAAGUUGUUGAAUGAUGAGGCUGAUGAGAUAAAUGUGGAUGAUUUCUCUGAUCUCAUGGUGAUGGGCGAGUUGUCCGCGCCACCCGUGCCGCCGCACAAGACGGCCAAGCCCGGUGUUUGCGCUGAGGAUGAUGACGAUGAUGAUGAAGAUUGUGUGGUUCUCGAUGGUGACCCUGAUAAGGUGAUUACAGUCCGAGAGGAGAAGGGGGAUGGGGGAGAUAGCAGCUCGGAUGAAUUGCAGAUAGUCGGGGGAAAAGGACCGGUAGCAUGCAGGGACUUCCCUCAUUCGCGCCAUUUAUGUUCUAACUUGCCCUUCAAUACUACUUUUCAUGCGAAGCAUUGUGGCAUGUGUCACUGUUUUGUAUGUGAUGCUCCAGCUCCAUGUAAUUCUUGGGGUCAAGGUGUCUCGCUUGAUGAUCAUUGCCAUGCAACGGAUAAGGAAUCAAGGUGGAAACUGCUGAGGCAAGCAUUCAAGUGCAAAAGUCUGCCAGCGUCUCAUCCAGAACAUCGCCAGAAUGCCGUGUGCCCAACAAUGCCAUCACCCAGACAUCAGGAUAUACAGUGUCAAGUCUCAGUUGCACAAUCAGAACUACCUUUACUAUCAAAUAUUAGUGGUUCUUCUUUUGCCAAAGGAACCCCUCUUAAUGUUAUGAACCAAAACCGACCAAGGCACACUUCAGUUAGAGUCUCACUGAAUGUAGAACGAACUAUAAGUACACAAAGAGGAUCCCUUGAAACAAGGGCGAGGAGAAUGACUAGCAAUAUCAGCACCUCUCAGAACACUCAUUCACGUGGAAGUUUCAAAAGAGUAGGGACAGUCUCUCCAGGCCACACUAUCCGAAAUGCUAACCUAUUUGGUUCUACUGCUUCAACCAGUAUCCGGCCCUUGAUGAACAAGGCAUUGCCACAUGUAUCCCAGCCAGUUGAAGCUAUACCAAGAACUAAUACUCCACAUGUAUCUCAGCAAGUUCAAGCUAUACAAAGAACUAAUGCUUUCGGUGGUGCUGUUCAUAAAAAUGCCCCUCAGAGAUCUCUCAGUGCACCAAUAGUACAAGGUCAGCUGGCACCUUCUUGUCAGGUUACCUCGAAUGGAGUGCAUGGUAUAGGAGCACAACUUCCACGGUGCACCUCGCUUAUGACUCAGAGAACACAGUUCCUACCAGAGCAAGUAGUGGAUGUUUCCACACAGAGCUGGCAAGACAUACUUGCUAGUGUGGCAUCCGAAAUGGGGGUAUUAGAUGAUUCUGAAUACAAUUCAAGUACUGCAGAGUUUCAGCAGCCUGUGAGGACUUCCUCCCAACCUCUGGAUGCUGGUGCAAACCAAAGGGAGGAGGGUCUUCACAGGGAGUCUGUUGCGUCAACCUUAAACCUGAUGACUUCUAAUGGGCAUGGGUUGCCUAGUGACAUGACUGGUGCUGAGUCUGUUGCGUCAACCUUAAACCUGAUGACUUCUAAUGGGCAUGGGUUGCCUAGUGACAUGACUGGUGCUGAUAUUCAGGCAAAUACUCCUGUGCAAACAACACAAACUUUGUACCAUCUGAAUUACGACAGCAGUCUUGGUCCACAUGAAGCUCAUCUCGAUGGUGGUUUCGUAAGCCCCCCUGCAGACGAGUUAUUGGCAGAAGCUGCUCAUCACAGGGAAUCUUCAGGGUUGGAUUCCACGGGCCUUAUAUUUGACUUUGAGCUCGAAGAUUGGACUUAAGCAGUGCAGUCUCACGGGCUUAGCAUUUUAAGAAUCUUGUGGACAAUAAAACCGGUGAUGGACCAGCUGGUCCGUAGGUUUCCUUCCCAGGAGAGGUGAAGAUGUUCCUUGUACAGCAUCUAGGUUCUGUCGUAGAAAUAUUAUGUUUGAUGAGUUAUUGUUUAUCUAUCAGUCGCAUAGGCCUUAUGUUAGGCCUUAGAUGCUUGUAGCAGUUAUCGCCUUAUCGCUUUGUAGAAGAGUAGAAUUACAAUUCCCUAGCUGUUGAGCAUAUUUAUAUGGGCCAUAUUCUAGUGCCAAAAUUGCAUCUUUAUGUUA